ACCAAAGUACCAAACUUUAAACUUUAAACUUUAACCCACCGUUUUCAUCUCUGUGACCUUAACAAAGGCAAUGGAGAGAUAUUCAUUGAGGAAAAGAGAAGAUACAUCAGUUGAAUACGAGAGGAUGAGUUGGGAUGCUCUUAGGAAGAGUAUCAAUGGAUUGAUGAAUAAGGUGAACGCAGUCAACGUUAAAAACGUUAUCCCUGAAUUGUUUUCUGAAAAUUUAAUUCGAGGUAGAGGCUUAUUUUGCAGGUACAUUAUCAAAUCCCAAAUCGCUUCUCCAAUUUUCACUGACGUUUACGCUGCUGUAGUUGCUGUUGUUAACAGCAAAAUCCCAAUAAUCGGAGAUCUUUUGCUAAGAAGAAUUAUACUGCAACUGAAAAAACCUUCCAAUAAGCCACAGUUAUUAGCAUCUGUCAAGUUUAUCGCUCAUCUUGUGAAUCAGCAAGUCGUUCACGAACUUAUUGCUUUGCAAUUACUUACAGUUUUUCUGGAGAAACCAACUGAAGAGAGUGUUGAGGUUGCGGUUAGUUUUGUUACUGAAUGCGGUUCAGUUCUUCAGGAUUUCUGUCCCUUAGGGUUACACGCUAUUUUUGAGCGGUUUAGAGAUAUACUUCAUGAAGGAAAAAUAGAUAAAAGGAUUCAGUUCUUAAUUGAAAACCUUUUUGCUUUGAGAAAAGCCAAGUUUCAGGGAUACCCUUCUGUUCGUCCUGAACUUGACCUUGUUGAGCUAGAAGAUCAAUUAACACAUGAAAUUUCUCUCUCAGAUAAAGUAGAUGCGGAAAUUGCUUUGGAUGUUUUCAAGCCGGAUCCUAAUUUUGCAGAAAACGAAAAAAAAUAUGAAGAAUUAAAGAAGAUGAUACUAGGUGAAGAAUCUGUGGAAGAAGAAGAUUCUGAUGCAGAAUCAGACGAAGAGGAUGACGAGGAGAAAACGGAAAUAAAAGAUGAGACAGAAACAAACUUGAUCAAUCUUCGUAGGACGAUUUACCAGACGAUUAUGUCAAGUGUUACUUUUGAAGAAGCAGGGCAUAAGCUAAUGAAAUUAAGACUAGAGCCUGGUCAGGAGAUGGAAUUAUGUGUAAUGUUAUUGGAGUGUUGCGGUCAAGAGCGGACUUAUCUCCGUUACUAUGGGCAUUUGGGUCAGCGUUUUUGUAUGAUCAACAAAGUUUACCAGGAGAACUUUGAUAAAUGUUUUGUGCAGCAGUACUCCAUGAUUCACCGUCUUGAAACUAAUAAACUGCGCAAUGUGGCUAAGUUUUUCACUCAUUUGCUCGCUACUGAUGCAUUGCCUUGGCAUGUUUUGGCUUAUAUAAGGUUGACGGAAGAGGACACUACGUCUUCUUCUCGUAUAUUUAUCAAGAUCCUAUUCCAGGAGUUGGCUGAGCAGCUUGGCAUCCGUUUGAUGAAUGAACGUCUUAAUGAUCCCACUAUGCAACAGUCUUUUGAGUCAAUAUUUCCAAAGGAUAAUCCGAAAAAUACUAGGUUUGCAAUCAACUUCUUCACUUCCAUUGGUCUAGGUGGGAUAACUGAAAAUCUGCGAGAGUGUUUAAAGAACAUGCCAAGGCUUAUCAUGCAAGAACAAAAGUCUGUCUCUAAAUCAGGUGAAUAUGAGAGUUCAAGCUCUGUUUCAGAAUCUGAGUUCUGAAUCAGAGUCAGAUAGUGAUAGUGAAAGUGAUGAUCGCCGAAGGAAGAGGAGGAGAAGAAGUUAAGGAUUUCAGAUUGACAAA